AUGACGUAUCCUCGGAAUUCUCGCUAUAAAACGCAGCGUGAACGCAUCAAGUACAUAUUAAUCCUUAUUGUUCACUCAUAUCCCUUCUGGCUCCACAGAGAUGACCGCCCUUCGCGCAGACCGUACCUCCCUCGGCGCUGUCCUCGAUUUUGUGGAUGGCUAUCGUCGUGAUGAGUACCAGCGCACGGGGGUCUUAACGAAGAUAUCCUUUCCGUCAUUUGCCACUGCCUCGCUUGUUUCGGCAAUCCUGCGUAAUCCUGUGUACCUUGGAUACACUUCCGUUCUACUUCCUUCCAUAGAGUUCAACGACAUGGAUGAUAUGGCCCUAUGUCUCCGAGAUUCCGCGAUUACUGUCGCACCCGCACAUGGAGACCUCCGAAAAAUCACCUUAACCAAUGCGAGGUUCCGGACCUCCCUCAAUCGACCAGUAGCUGGCCGUCACAGUGACCCGGAUUUCCACAUACUGGUUAUCGACGAGCUGGCGUUAUUGAACCUCGGGUUGUGGUCAAAUAUUUUGAAGCCUUUCCUUGAUAUUCGCUUCAGUUCUACAGAAGUUCCCAGUAGGCAAGCAGAGCCUGUAAUAGAUAACGAAGGACACCAUCUGAAAGAAUUUUCCGUCUCCAACUUCCCUGAUGCUUAUAUGGUUGAUUUUCUCAAGAUGAUCCGGGAAUCCUCUCGAAUCAAGUUCUCCGUCCGUCAUCUACGAAAGCUGGUCAUCGAUCUAGCCCCCACGUCCAACUUUUUGCUUAGUGCUGAGUUAAAGUAUGAGAUCGCAACUCUUCUCAGGGACAAUCUUUCCCGAAGCGUCGAGGAGCCCCGAAGCAAACUACAGGAAUUGCGAGUCAUUUGCGACGCGUUUGAUGGGUACAGUGACUCUGGACGUCUUGCAGAGUUCGGCAAUGCCGGUCCUGUGUCGCAUAAUGGAUUCCCUGCCAAGGGAUGCUCGGCUCAAUAUCAUUUACACUACACAAGGCGGUCAAGAAUUCACUCUCUACAUCUGGAAGUACGCGAUAACCCCGAAUUCUACGCUGGAUUUGAGGCAAAAAGGAAGCCAGUUGGCGUUGUUAUCAGAACAAUGAUUCGACAUCAUCCUGAGCAUUUGAACGAGAAGGAAUGGCAGGUGAUUGUCAAGUCGGAUGGGUCCUGGUCGAACGCUUGUGUUGAGGAAGCACAUCUCAUUAAUGCCUCUUUUGUAGAGUUGUUGUAG